GGAAUAUUGUAUGAUAGAGGCUAUUCUUGUCAAUUAAAUCAGACAACAACUCAUAAUACACUUUUCCCGUUUAUUAUUAAGACAAAUAGCAAUAAAAUAGCACUUGUAAGAAAGGGAGGAGGAUGUAAUUUUUAUGAUAAAGUAUGGUAUUCUCAAUUAGAUGGAGCAGUAGGUGUAAUUAUUUAUGACGAUAUACCCUUUCGAGACGAUGAUACAUCUGGAUCUAUGGUAUAAAUAAAGCGAUAUAAUAAGGUGUAUUUUUAUUUAUUUAUUUAUUUAUUUACUUUAUCAUAGAAAAUAGUAAAGGGUAAUUUAACUAUCACAAUGUAUUAUGUAGACUUGAAUGUAGGACUUGAGUUAUUAGAUAUGUUGACAUUCAUUACAAACAAUACGACAAAUAAUGAUAUUCAACCUGCAAUUAACGUAAUACUGCACCCUGCUGUAGGUGGAUAUCCAACUGCUUGGGAAUUUACAUUAAUUAUCGUAGUUGCCUUAUUGGCAAUAAGCUUUUUAGCUUCAGGUAUGGAUAUUUGUUUUCAUUAAAAAAAAAAAACUUCCCCUAAAUUAGUAAUAAUAAUUUACAAAAAUGUAUUAAACUCUGUCUGUCUGUCUGUCUCUCUCUCUCUCUCUCUCUUUUUUUUUUAUUUUUCUUUUACUCUUUUUUUUUUUUUUUUU